GCCCGGCUUACUCGUACGUCUUGCUGGCUCUGCCGCAGUAAGCUUGGACUGCCGGCCGGAAAGGCAACGGGCGUGAAUAAAGCGUGUCUUGUAUUAAAGAGGCGUUGGAAAAUAAAGGGUCGAUUUGUUUUUGCUGCUCGGAGAUGGCGCCCGCUGUCUUGCUGUGGUAGCUCGUUGUCCCGCUUCUUUCUGGGAUCGCUCUGUUCCACGCUUCCUGCCUAGGUGCCGCUGCUGUGGCAAACCUGGCGUUAAGGCUCCGCCGUGGAAUUUAGUCUCUAGGAUCACUGCUUCCUUGUAACUUGCUGUAAGCCCGUACGAUUGAAAAAUCACCCCUGGGAUCACCGUGAUUUGAGGCAAGGUUUUGCUGGCUAGGAAGGUGCGGAUGUGCCUGGCCUGUGUGAGCCUCUUUCUGCCAGUUACCCCACGCUUCCAGAGACUUCUCCCCUUGCCCUGGCUCUGUACUACCUUGGGUUGCAGUUAUUGAGUUUUUCAGCUUUCUUGAUUAUCCAGAGGUAACGGGCCUUUAAAAAGGUAAAUGUGCCUUGCCCUGGGCAGAGCCUUCUGGGUUGCUUUUUAAAUACAAGACAAGUUUAAAAUGAAAUUAAUAAUUAGUUUAUUCUAAGAAGUAUGCAAAUAACAGGCUUACAAAUCAGGCAAAAAGCUACAAGUGAAGAGCAUAUAAAAUUAUGCCUAAUAUCAAUUACUUAUUGUGUGAUAGCCUAAAGGUGUUUAAUGUCGUCUUUUUUUUUUGUAGUAGUAGUAUUGCGUGCUUCUUUCACCAGAAUUAGUGUGCUCCCCUUGUGUUAAGUUAUGUCAGGGUGAGGUUUGUUUUAUUUCAAGUUGUGUGUGCAUUGUGCUAGCAUCUAGGUAUCCUUGUCAGGAUGGAGGGCUUGUUCCAGUCGGCACGCAAUUUGUUCCCCCAAGAAAAUGCUUAUUUGAACUAUUACCUUAAAUGUAUGGGUGGUAUUGAAGAUCCUUCUUUACACAGUUUUUGAAAAAUAGUCUGAAAUUGGCAGUUUUUUCAAACUAUACAACUUAAUGACUUUUUUUUUUCUUGUUAAUAACUUGCUGAAGAUGGAUUUUGUGUCAUGAGGGAAAUGUUCUUGCUUAAUAAAAGCAGAUGGGGGCAGGGACUUGACACUGCAAUUUUUCAGCAAGUGAAACACACCCACUGAGGUAUUCAGUCUACUGCCUGUCAAUACUUUUAAAGCUUAUUUGAUUAGCUCAUACAACGUAGCAUGAAUAUAAUGAGCUUGCUCUUAGUCUGGAAUAACAGAACAAGGACAGUAUCGUGUUUCCAUCAGCACAGGUAGAUCUGCAAGCAGGCCUUGUGGUCCCUCUUGCACCAGUAUGUACUAGCAGGAUCAAGACCGUAACCUGACUGACUCGGCUCUUGCUCUAGUCAAGACAGAUGAACGGAGCUGGAUCCGUGCUUGGCUGUUUGCAAUACAGCAGUUUCAGCUGAUGCUGAUCAGUUUCUGAGGGAAGCAAUGAGACUGAAACUUCUGCGCCUUCAGAUUAGGUCUUUCCACGCUUUAACAACGAUCUGCCAGUGCCAAAGCUUCGAUAAAACUGGACGUCUACUAUCAAAGCUGGAUAAUGAAGUUGACAGAACAGCUCACAGAACAGCAAAGUCUUGGAAUUUGUACGCUCUGAAAACUGCUUCCUCUUUUUUGACAAGUCGAUGCGUGCAAGUCAAGAAUUGGCAGUUGCUCCAAGGAAAUCUAUCGGCUUUGGGAAAAAAUGUUUACUAUCGGAGUGGGGAGGGUUUUUUUCCAUUCUGGAAAUGUUUUGGUGUGGCGACAAUGGAAAACUACAAGCUCAAUACAGAGCAUAUUAAAAAGCUUAGGAACAUCUCAUCAAGGUUUUACUCGGUUGUAUCAGCUGGUAAAAUUAUUCCAAAACAGAGUAACCAGCCAGUUAAGAGGCCACUGAAGGCACCAAGGACCAAGCAGCCAUCCAGAACUAACCAGCCACUACUGUCAGACAUGGAGAAUCUGAUGCAGUGCACAGCCUUUGCAACAGCAGAUGAAUAUCAUCUUGGUAAUCUGUGUCAUGACCUGACUUCACAUGGAUAUGUUGAAAUAACAAGUUUGCCUAGAGAUGCUGCAAACGUUUUAGUGAUUGGUACUGAGAAAUCUGCAAAAGAAGAUGAUCCUGGCAUGAUUUUUUUCUUCAGGGAAGGGGCUGUUGUGUUUUGGAAUGUGGAAGAGAAAAGUAUGAAGAAUGUCAUGCGAGUGUUAGAACAGCAUGAAAUUCAGCCAUAUGAAGUUGCACUAGUCCAUUGGGAGAAUGAAGAGAUGAACUAUAGAAUAGGAGAAGGUCAGUCAAAGCUUCAUAAAGGAGAAAUCUUGUUAAAUUCUGAGCUGGAUAGUGAUGAAGUUGUUCUGCAGAAAUUUGCCUUUUCAAAUGCCCUUUGUCUUUCUGUAAAGCUGGCUAUUUGGGAAUCAUUAUUGGAUAACUUCGUGGAAUCUAUCCAGUCAAUUCCUGAGAUACUGAAGUCACGAAGGAAGGUAAAACUGUCUCAUGCAGAUGUAAUGCAGAAAAUUGGAGAACUCUUCGCGUUAAGGCACCGUAUAAAUCUGAGUUCAGACCUGCUAAUAACACCUGACUUCUACUGGGAUAGAGAAAAACUGGAAGAGCUUUAUGACAAGACUUGUCAGUUUCUUAACAUUAAUCGCAGAGUUAAGGUAAUGAAUGAAAAGCUUCAGCACUGCAUGGAGCUGACAGACCUAAUGCGAAAUCACCUGAAUGAAAAGCACGCUCUACGCCUCGAGUGGAUGAUAGUAAUACUCAUCACCAUAGAGGUUCUGUUUGAACUUGCAAGGGUAGUUUUCUGAUGACAGAAGAAACUCAGGAAGAAGAAAACUGACAAAACCAUAAAGACCACAUGGCCCGGAAAAUUCCUGUCUACCUUAUGCUUCUGGAAAAUAGUGGAAUUGUGUCUCUUGAUAAAUAUGUACAUCUUCUACUCAAAUUAAAAAAAAAAAAAAAAAAUCU